AUGGGUUCCAUUAACAAUACCACAAGCCCUUACGCGGUCAACCCACAGCCCUUCGCGGGCAAGGUCAUCGCGAUCACGGGAGCCAGCCGAGGCACCGGCCUCUCUCUUAGCAAGUACCUUCUUGCGCGGGGUGCUACCGUGUCCAUGUGCGCCACCACAGCCGCCAAUCUUGAAAAAGCCGCCUCAGAAAUUGACCAGGAGUUUCCCGAAGCAAAGGACCACUACUGGACGUGUGUCGUCGACAUCAGCAAGCCCGAGACCGUCAAAUCGUGGAUCGAGCAGACGGUUGCGAAGUUUGGGAAGCUCGAUGGUUGCGCCAAUGUAGCUGCCAUGGAGCAGCGGGAAAUUUUCCCCAUCACCGAUCUCGAUGCAGACUACUUCGCUCGUCUGAUCAAUGUCAAUGUCGUGGGAACUUUCAACUGCGUCAAGGAGGAGAUGAAGGUGAUCAAGGAUGGUGGCUCGAUUGUGAACGUUGGUAGUAUUACCAGCAAUUACGCUUCUGCUGGUGUAGCCGCCUAUGUCUCUGCGAAGCACGCUUUGAUAGGCGGGUGCAUCAACACCGAGAUGAUGGAGAAACCGUUCAACUCUCCCGUCGGCCAAUUUCACCUCUCCAAAGACAAUAUCCCCGCCAUCCUCAAGCGCGACCUCGCUGAGCCGUGGGAGAUUGCUGCCUCCAUCGCAUUCCUGCUCGGCGACGAAAGUAAGUACGUGACAAAGGCACAGUGGUAUGUCGACGGCGGGUGGGUCGAGGGUAACUUCUCCUCUGCCUAG